UAUAACUGACAAACAUGAACAAGAAACUGGUGGGUGGAGACAAAUACAGUUGCAAUGUUUUUCAGGAUCGUCUUUUUGGUGCGUGUCUUAGUUAGCUUGGCAAUAGCAGUCUCUCAAGAUCUCAACUUCACCUUCUCUGGCUUCCGAUCUACUAAUCUAAGCCUUGAUGGCUUAGCUGAGUUAACCUCCAAUGGCCUUUUGAGGCUAACCAAUGUAACUUACCACCGAACGAGUCACGCCUUCUAUCCAAACCCAGUAACCUUCAAGAACUCUAUAAAUGGCACUGCUUUCGCCUUCUCCACUACCUUUGUUUUCGCUAUCAUACCUGAAUAUCCAACUCUUGGUGGCCAUGGUUUUGCCUUUGUCAUUGCACCCACAAGAGGUCUCCCAACAGCUCUUCCAAACCAGUACCUUGGUCUAUUUAAUGAGAGCAACAACGGGAAACAGACCAACCAUGUUGUUGCUGUGGAGCUUGACACGAUAUACAACAGCGAGUUCGAUGAUGUCAAAGAUAACCAUGUUGGGAUUGAUAUUAAUGGUUUAAAGUCUGAACGAUCUGCUGCACCAGGAUAUUAUUCUCAACUUAAUGGUAAGCUCACAAACUUGACAUUAAUCAGCGGCCAUCCAAUGCAAGUUUGGAUGGAAUAUGAUGGCAUAGAGAAGCAAAUUAAUGUCACUAUAGCUCCGAUUGAUGUUGAUAAACCCAGUAGACCACUUUUGACUUUGUCUCGUGAUUUGUCGCCAAUCUUAAACAGUAGUAUGUAUAUCGGAUUCUCAUCAUCCACCGGUUCUUUUUCCGCGUCCCAGUAUGUGUUGGGUUGGAGCUUCAAGAUGAAUGGCCUAGCUGAAGCACUAAAUAUCUCUCGCCUUCCUAAACUUCCUCGAGUAGGACCAAAGAAGACAUCCAAAUUCUUAACCAUUGGACUGCCUGUGCUCUGUUUAAGUUUGGUUUUAGUAGCAGUCUCGAGUAUAUCUUAUGCCAUACGAAGGACAAGGAAGUUUGCAGAAGUGCUAGAAGAUUGGGAGCAUGACUAUGGGCCUCACCGAUUUAAAUUCAAAGAUCUUUAUACUGCCACCAAAGGAUUUAGAGACGAGGAGCUGUUGGGUAGUGGUGGAUUUGGUAGAGUCUACAAAGGUGUCUUGCCAAGCUCUAAGAUUCAGAUUGCAGUGAAAAGGGUGUCUCAUGAAUCAAGACAGGGGAUGAGGGAAUUUGUGGCGGAAAUUGUCAGCAUUGGUCGCCUUCGUCAUCGGAAUUUAGUCCCUCUCUUGGGGUACUGCCGGCGUAAAGGAGAGCUACUUUUAGUAUAUGACUACAUGCCUAAUGGAAGUCUAAACAAAUACCUCUAUGACCAACCACCAGUCGCCCUCAAUUGGAGCCAAAGAUUUAGAGUCAUCAAAGGCGUAGCUUCAGGGCUAUUUUAUCUACAUGAAGAAUGGGAGCAAGUUGUGAUUCAUAGAGAUGUCAAGGCUAGUAAUGUCUUGCUGGAUGGUGAAUUGAAUGGAAGAUUAGGGGAUUUUGGCCUUGCAAGAUUGUAUGACCAUGGAACAGAUCCUCAAACGACCCACGUUGUCGGAACUCUUGGAUAUCUCGCACCUGAGCAUGCACGAACUGGUAAGGCCACGACAAGCACUGAUGUGUUCGCUUUUGGGGCCUUCUUGCUUGAGGUUGCUUCUGGUAGAAGGCCAAUACAGCCAACUGAGGAUAUAAUCUUGGUUGACUGGGUGUUUAGUCGAUGGCUUGGAGGUGAAAUUCUGGAGGCAAGGGAUCCCAAUUUGGGUACAGAAUACAUUGCAGAGGAAAUGGAAUUGGUAUUGAAACUUGGUUUGAUGUGCUCUCAUUCUGAGCCUGCAGCAAGGCCAAGCAUGCGCCAAGUAGUGCAGUUCUUAGAGGGGAAUGUUCCUCUGCCUGAAAUUUCACCACUUCUUCUUUCUGCAAGUGGCCAAAAAUUUUCACAUCGUGAAGGUUUUGAUGAGUUUGCCAAUUCUUAUCCUUCUUCUAUGGACAAGGCAUUUGCACAUUCGUCCUCGGUUGCAGAGUCCCUCCUUUCAGGUGGCCGUUAAUUCUUACUUUUCUUCAAGGACCUUGUUGAAUUAAUGUCUCAGAAGCUGCUGAUAUGGAAGAUGGAAGAGUUUAGAGUCAAAUAAAACUCAUGCUGGUUUGAAGUUUUAAAAGAUUAUUAGGAUUUGCAUAAUCUUCUUUUCUAAUAUGUAACAAACAGCAGCAGAUACUGCUGCUGUUUAUUUGCUUUUGCUGUUUUAAGAAGUGUUUAAAUAAGACUUCUGAUAAUCAAUAAAAUUAACGAAGUUUUCAGAAAA